AUGGGCCGUAAUGAAUACUCCAAGCAGCUGAGAAGUAUGUCCUACACCGAGGUGGAAGAGACACUUUCAGACAAGAAAAUGCUGAUACUUAACAUGAGAAACAACCCAAAGGGAGAAGACUACAUGAACUCUGCCGAGUGGAUCACAACCAAGAAAGACAUCGCAAGAUGCUUGACCAUCCUUGGAGAGAAGAAGCGGGAGGAGAUCAAGGAAGAGUGCGAGCGAGAGAACAAGCCACUUCCAAAGUGCUUCCAGAAGAAGCUCCCCAGAUCAGUGCGAGUGGCUAUGCCUAAAAAGAUGCUUGCAAAGUACUCGCAGAACAGACACCCAAUUAGAAGAAAGGUCGUUGUGUUCACCCCCUAA